GUCGUGUGACAUUAAAUGUUGCCAUAUAUUGGUAAGAAGGGAGGUGCAACUUCUUCACUAUUUGUAUAUAAAUCAAAAGCUAACCACAACGAUUGAAGAUAUAGCAUUGAGAAUUUAAUAAAGAGAGAGUGAGAAAAAUGGUGAAAAGCAAAGUGCUGGUUAUAGGAGGAACUGGGUACUUGGGGAAGAGGUUGGUGAAGGCAAGUUUGGCUCAGGGUCAUGAAACUUAUGUCCUGCAUAGGCCGGAGAUCGGAGUUGAUAUUGAGAAAGUUCAGAUGCUUUUGGAGUUCAAAAUGCAAGGUGCUCAUCUGGUUUCUGGCUCUUUCAAUGACCACCAGAGCCUUGUCAAUGCCGUUAAACUUGUUGAUGUUGUUAUUUGUGCCAUUUCUGGGGUCCACAUCCGGAGCCAUCAUAUCCUCCUUCAACUCAAGCUUGUUGAUGUUAUCAAAGAAGCAGGAAAUAUUAAGAGAUUUUUGCCAUCUGAGUUUGGGACAGAUCCAGCAAGAAUGGAGAAUGCAUUAGAACCAGGAAGAAUAACAUUUGAUGACAAAAUGGUAGUGAGGAAAGCCAUUGAAGAAGCUCAAAUCCCUUUCACAUAUGUUUCUGCAAAUUGCUUUGCUGGUUACUUCCUUGGUGGUUUGUGUCAACCGGGUAGUAUUCUUCCCUCUAGAGAUUCUGUCGUUUUGCUUGGAGAUGGCAAUCAAAAAGCAAUAUAUGUUGAUGAAGAUGAUAUAGCCAUGUACACAAUCAAAGCCAUAGAUGAUCCUCGAACCCUUAACAAGACUUUGUAUAUUAGACCCCCCAAAAACAUUCUAUCUCAGAAAGAAGUUGUUCAAGUUUGGGAGAAGCUAAUUGGUAAAGAGUUGAAGAAAUCUUCCAUUUCCAAAGAUGAGUUUCUGGCUACUCUUAAAGAGCAAAACUAUGCAGAGCAAGUUGGCUUAAUACAUUACUACCAUGUUUGCUACGAAGGUUGUCUUGCAAAUUUCGAAAUCGGUAACAAUGGAGUUGAAGCAUCUGAGCUUUAUCCAGAGAUCGAGUAUAAAACAGUUGAGGACUACAUGAAACGCUAUGUUUAAUCAUAUAAUAAUAUUGUGUCUUGACAAAAGAUCUUGAUAUAUAAGACCAUAAAUGAAAUAAUUAAGCAAUCAUUUUAUGGAUUAUUUAAAUAUUUAUUGCUUCAAAUUAUGAAA